AUGGUUGAAGUGCUGAAGUUAAAAUCUCAUUCUCGCUUUUCCUGUUUUACCAUAAAAAGCUCUAAACCUGGUUUAGCUUCUGAAGGACCCUCAUCUGCAGAGGCUCUGCUAUUUAUACCCCCUGGAGUUAUCCCAGACGAGGUUACCGAUGAUAAGAUCUUACCCGGUUCAAAUAUUGUGCUCGGACCAUAUGCUGGUGAUGCUAAAAUUAAGGAGGUAGAGUUUGUAAAAAGUAGUAAUCGUCCCAAGGACUGUCCCAAGGAUGAUCGACCGGAAUUUGCUAUGUUGGGCAGGUCCAACGUUGGGAAGUCCUCACUUAUUAACUCUUUGGUUCGCAAGAAAGAGGUUGCUCUCACUUCUAAGAAGCCAGGAAAAACUCAGUUGAUUAAUCAUUUCCUGGUGAACAAAAGCUGGUACAUUGUGGAUUUGCCUGGUUAUGGUUUUGCCAAUGCCCCAGAAGCAGCUAGAAUGGAUUGGUCCUCAUUCACAAAGGGUUACUUUCUGAACAGGGGCACUUUGGUCUCCGUCUUGCUUCUUGUUGAUGCUAGUGUGCCACCGCAGAAGAUUGAUCUUGAUUGUGCAAAUUGGCUGGGGCGGAACAAUAUACCGUUGACAUUUGUUUUUACCAAGUGCGAUAAGACGAAAGGGGGAAAAGGAAAGAGGCCGGAUGAUAAUAUUAGAAGUUUCCUACAGCUGGUCAGGGAAUACCACAAGCAACAACCGCCAUGGAUAAUGAGUAGUAGUGUCACUGGUUUUGGCAGGAAUGAGCUUCUUUUGCACAUGUCACAGUUAAGGAACUACUGGAACAAUGAGUAG